AUGAACAGUUACCCCCCCCACCCCCACACCCUGUUACCAGGCAACUGUUACCGGGAGACCAUUAACGCGGGAAGUGGGCCCCGCCCCAAGCGAGCAGCUGUCAAUGAGCAACCGGUGGAGGGGCAUCGAGCCAAGGGUCGCCGGAGUGGUGGUCUUCAGGUGGAGAGUUGGGGCUCCAGAGCCCUCACCAGGACCACGCACUGGCCGGGCCCAGGCCCUGAGGGGGCGGUGAACCUCUCCCCCAUCCCCGCCUCUGUGACCUCAUGGCAACGCGAUGACAGCUGGGCAGGGUCUGGGGACCUGGCCCUGAGGGAGCCACCAACCGAGAUCUGCCUCCUCUUAGCCAGCCUGGACCUCGGAGGUGUCCUGACUCCGGAGUUCACGAAGCCCUGUGUCUCGUCUUUUCUCAUCCUCACUCCGGAUAUGGAGCGAUCCGCGGGGAAACUGAAUCUGGACUUCCAGGUGCAGGAGGAGGACACAGGGGAGCCGCCCAGCUGCGGGUGUCGCGUCCCCGUCGGUCUUACCUACCCAGGUCGGAGGGUCGCCCGGAGGACUCUUCAGAGAACCCGGAAGGAGGCGGAGAUGGAGAAAGAGUCUGCAAGCUUUGUGCUGAUGCUGUGUGGCCAGGAGCAGAUUCUGCUCAUAGCCCAGGAUCCUGGCGGCCAGAAUCAAGCCUGCAACGUUGUCAAUCAGGGCCUGAAGGAGGUCCGUCCAAUCAGGGCGCGAGGGAUUGAGCCUCAUCCAAUCAGAGCCGGGGGCGGACGCAUCCCCUCCUGCGGGGACGUAGCUCUCCGCCUCCUGGGCGUCCAGCGCGCCUCAUGGGGUCCAGGUGUCCCGUCGCUGUCCCUCUCACCUGCGCGGGCGGUCGGGCCGCAGGGCCGCGGAGAGGACGCCGUGAGAACCGAGAGCGGGGCUGAGAUGGACUCGGUGGGCUUUGAGGACGUGGCUGUGAACUUCACCGCAGAGGAGUGGGCUUUGCUGGACCCGCCUCAGAGGAAGCUCUACAGAGACGUGAUGCUGGAGACCUUCAGGAACCUGGCCUCCGUGGGUUCUUGCCCUCAAGUUAAAACCACUAGAUCAAGUGCUCACUGGGAUAUUUUGGAGACUGGACUAUGCAGUGAAGAGAAAAUAGUAAGAUUCACAAGAAAUGAUUCCUGCUCUUUUUUGGGAGAAAACUGGGCAUUUCAUAACAUGAGAGAUCAGCGUGUAACCCAGGAGAGGCAUUUGAGAAAUCAUUUGGUGGAGAGUCUCUGUGAAGGUAAAGAAGAGCAUCAAUGUCUAGAAACCCGGAACCAGAUUACACAUCUUACUGUGCAUAAGGGUUAUCUGACUGGAAUUCAGCCCUGUAAAUGCACUAAGUGUGGAAAAGCCUUCAGAGAUUGUUCUUUCCAGAGGAAUCAGCAAAGGUCUCACACCGGACACAAACCUUAUCCAUGUGAAGAAUGUGGGCAAACCUGCAGCUGUGUCUCAUGCCUAAAUCCUCCUGGUGGAACAGACAUUGUAGAGAAAACCAAUAAACGUCAGGAUGAUGGGAGAGCAUCUAAGAGAUAUGUGAAAAGUCACAGUAGCGAACAGUCUUUAGAGUGUAAGAAAUCUAAAAAAUCAUUCACUUGCCCGUCAUCUGUUCAGCAACAUGUAAGAGGUCAUUAUGGACAGAAAAUCCAUGUGUGUGAAGUAUGUGGGAAAUCCUUCAGUUAUUAUUCCCAGAUUGCACGGCAUGUGAGAACUCACACUGGAGAGAAACCCUAUGAAUGUAAAGAAUGUGGGAAAGCUUUCACUCGCAUCUCACACUUCCGAGAACAUGUGAGAAUGCACACUGGAGAGAAACCCUAUGAAUGUAAGCAGUGUGGCAAAGCUUUCAGUUGGUGCACUUACCUUCGAGAACACAUGAGAACACACAGUGGAGAAAAACCCUAUGAAUGUAAGCAGUGCGGCAAAGCCUUCCCCUAUCUCAAAUCCCUGCAAGGACAUGUGAGGAUCCACACUGGAGAGAAACCUUAUGUGUGUAAGGAAUGUGGGAAAUCCUACAGUUGUCCCAAAUACUUUAGAAAACAUGUGAAAACACACAGUGGAGUAAAACCCUAUGAAUGUACAGAAUGUGGGAAAACGUUUAUUACUUCCUCAUCCCUUCGACAACAUAUAAAAACACACAGUGAAGAGAAGCCCUAUCAGUGUCAGCAGUGUGGGAAAGCCUUCAGGUAUCUGAUAUCCCUGCAAAGACACAUGAAGACACACACUGGUGAAAAUUCUGAAUACAAAACUGUGGGGAAGCCUUCCUUCUCCCUUAAAACCUCAUUGUAAAUGGAAGCAAUCACAUGGAGUGAAAUCUUGUGAAUGGAAAGAAUGUGGAAAAACCUUCAGCACUUCACUUAUUUUGUAAAUGAAAACUCAGGGCACGACAGAAAUCUUUUGUUAUAAACAUGGUUUUUCCUUUGUAAGUGCCUCAUCCUGAAUAGGGAUCCCAGUGUAUUAAUUUCUAGUUCAUGUUGCUGAUCUGAACACUUAAGAUAAUUAAUUAUCCCUCCAUGUCCCCUUCAUCUAUACCUCGUAUAAAACUUGUCUCGUUUCCAUUACAGUGUCUUCUGAACCCAGGGAUGUUACGUGGUUUUUGGUUUUGGGGUUUUUUUCAUGUGCAACUUGGUAUAAUUUUAGAUGAAAAAAUUUUUGAUUCUUACGUCCCAUUGUUUUCCUAGUAUGUGAUCA